AUGCAGGACCAGGAGUGUGACGUUGAACCGGCGCACCACGCUCGCCGGCCUAUGAACGCCUUUCUCAUAUUCUGCAAACGUCACCGUAGCGUCGUCAGGGACAAGUAUCCAAAUUUAGAGAACAGAUCUAUAACUAAAAUUCUCGGCGAAUGGUGGGCCAAUUUGGACCAGGAAGAGAAAGCUUGUUAUACAGGUCUUGCUAAACAGUACAAAGACGCGUUCUUCAACGCCAACCCUGACUUCAAAUGGUACAAGUUGCCCGCACCACCGCUACGCACUCUAUCCUCCCGGCCUCGGGAGUCCACUGAGAAAGCAGAAUCCUCCAACGAAUAUAACGACCAUGAACUGGAAAAAACAAAUAAUAAUUCCACAAAAUUCGACUACAAUAAGAAACCAGACAGCGAUCCAGAAACUGAAACUAAACCACUAUCCAUGUUUACGCCUGGAAAGUUAGCCGAUGAAGCUCAAAUGGGAGGUCUGAGUAGCCUCCUAGCUACCAAGACUGAAGUCCAAACUCCUAAUCCAUAUUAUUCUCCCCCUACUUGUAAAUUUAACGCGAUCUCAACUCCAAUCGAAUACAGAUCUCAUGAUUCAGUAGACAGACCCAAGACCAAACGAGAAGACAGCAUACGUGAGCUUCAAAACGCACUCACAGAAACAACUCGGAUGUUCGAAGAAGAUUUCGAUGAAAAGGAACAAUUACGUUACUACGGAGCAGCCAAUGACCAAUUCACGAACCAAGAUGUGAUCGACCAAAUAGUUGAUAAACGCUAUUCUAAAGAUGAUGAAGGAUAUCAAAGAAACUGGUCGGAUGACGAGAAAAAUUCCAAGUCUGGUAGAACUUGCAAAGGGAAGAGAUACCAAGAGUUCAUGGCUGUUGGAGGACUGAUAGUGAAUAAGAGGCCGAGGAGAGAUUAUCCCGAUAGAUUGUCGGACGAAGGCUACAAUGCAUCUUGUAGCUGGGAUCCAGGAUCUUCGCUGGAGGAAUCAACGAUGACAAUGGCAGACGAGUCGACGCCCGACACUAACUAUAUACAGCACGACAUAACAGUCGAAAGCGAACCAAAUGUGGAACCAAACGACACGCCCGAAAUAGACAAUAACUGUAACAAAUCAUUUAAGGCUGCCGACUUCGAUUUAGAAGCUAAAAUAAGAGCUCUACCCUCCCUUAGUUUAGAGAAGUUUCAACAGAAGAAACGAGAGAAUAAACGUAAGAAAAAAAACGUUAGCCUUAGAACGAAAUCUGUGAAGCCAUCGCAAAUAAUAAACUCGGUUCCGCGCCCGGUUAUGGACGAGCGUCAUGAAAUGGCGGAGAAUUGGCGCGAGACUGUCAUAGGGAGUCAGAAACGGAAACCGAGGAAAAUAAGCAUCACACGACUGGAAAUAAACAGCCUCGUGUCCAGUAAUAUGAACGGUGGCAAUAAGAUAAGUCCAGAAAUAAAAAUCGCCACAGAAGCACCUUGCACCAUCCAAAGCAUGGACAUAUGCAAUCAGAACCAUGGUAAUGUCGACCUUUUCGCGUUGGCCACGUUGGCCGAGGUCGCUGCCAACACGUCCAAAAUAGAGCAGACCAAUGCGGCAAGCGAAGACGCUUCCAAGGUAUGA